CAUGGCGGAUACAUGUCUACUCAAUAUUGCUUUGGAAAAUUAUAAAGAAGAAAAACUAUUUGCAGAUGUACAAUCGGUAAAUUCUAACGUUUCAACAGAGAAUAAAAUCAAUUUGGAUGAUACAAAUGAAGUUUGGAAGACAUCAGAAUCAAAUCAUUUACAAUUGUCAUUAAAGGACGUAUAUCCAUAUAAAUUCGAGGACAAUCUACCAGUAAGAAUGAAUCCUUUAUUCGAUAACGAAGCUGCUUUUGGAUCUGAAGAUGUAUAA